AUGGACUCAGAAAGCUCGCAGGCGGGCUCGACAAGGCGACGAGGCUCGUCGCUCGUGCAACAGAUCAUCAACGAAGAACGCAUUGGCAUCCGGAGGGCCAGUCCCAGAAGAAUGCCUUCCGACAUUCCCGAAGCCGCCCAUGCCGAAUCACCACAUAGCUACGAUGAAGAAGACACCAACCCUGUUUCGUCAGGCUCGGACUGGGAGAUGGACGAUAUUCGAUCUGACGAAGGUCUUGAAGAUGACGAAGAGACGGGCUUGACUGCCCAGGAUCGCCAGAAGAGAACGAGACGCAAGAGGCGGAACACACUGGCAGAUGAACGAAUCGUGCCCGACAGCGAAAUCUCCAAAGAGGAAGAGCGCCUGGCUUCUGCGAGCUUCAUGCGCGACGCAAUCAUAAACAGCAUUUUGAUAGGACUGUGGUACACCUUCUCAAUAUCCAUCUCUGUCCCUGCCGAUUAUGCGCCGAUCGCCCAGUCUGCAGACGGAGACACAGUUGAAGCACCUCGCAAGCCGCUCAUGACUGGUUGGUUCUACUUGACCCGCAUUGGCCCUUGCGGUGCAGCCACUGGCCUCGACAUUGGUCUCGGAAACAUGUCACUCAAGUUCAUUUCCUUGACUUUCUAUACCAUGUGCAAAUCGUCCGUGCUGGGCUUUGUGCUUGUCUUCGCCCUUCUUUUCCGCUUGGAGAAGCCCUCGCUAAAGGUCGGAGCUAUCAUUCUCACCAUGAUGGCCGGAGUGGUCAUGAUGGUCGCCGGAGAGACAGCUUUCAGCAUUCUAGGUUUCAUACUGGUUAUGAGCGCAGCAUUCUUUUCUGGUUUCCGCUGGAGUCUGACACAAAUCCUACUCCUUCGCAGUCCAGCCACCAGCAACCCUUUUUCAUCCAUUUUCUUUCUGGCACCCGUCAUGUUUACGGCACUGCUUGUCAUUGCAUUGCCAGUCGAGGGCCCUAUCGAGCUCGUCGGCGGUCUGCGUGCCCUGGCAGAGUCCAGAGGUGUCGCAGGAUCCAUCGGUAUCAUUCUUUUCCCUGGAGUACUCGCCUUCCUCAUGACGGCAUCAGAGUUCGCUCUUCUCAAACGCACUAGUGCAGUGACGUUGAGUGUCUGCGGCAUCUUUAAAGAAGUUUUGACUAUCUCAGCUGCUGGAGUAAUCUUUGGCGAUAAGCUUACACCCAUCAACAUCUCUGGACUGAUAGUGACCAUCGCCAGUAUUGCAGCCUACAAUUUCAUGAAGAUGCGAACGAUGAGGGACGACUCAAAAAGAGAGGCCCACGAGCAAAUGGCGGCUGUAGAGUCGAGACGUUCGCUUGAAGAGAGUGGCAAGAUCAGCAAGGAGCACACCAGAAAGGCGAGCACAGCAGGAGGGUUGAUCAGAAACAGUCUCAGUCUCAACAUUGCUCCACUGCUGGAGCAGAACAACAAAGACAGAGCUAGCCCAGUCAAGAGGCCCGAGGACCUUGACUAA